GAUUGCGGAAUCUGAAGAGACCCUCCGCUCCAAGGAAGUUAAAAAGAGGUAACUUUGAAGAAGGGGGGAGAGGGGGGUUACCGCAGUCACAGCCACGGUAAGUAAUUUUUCAAGUGGUGAAAGAAGAGACGGAGACAAUCGAGUUCUUUGCAAGCAUCAGUCAACGACGUGGAAGAUAACUUUGUCAAUAAGAAAACACCAAUAAUGGAGUACACAAAUUGAAACACCCUCUUUAUUUAUACCGGUAAUACCUUUUUUUGUUUUAAGAAUCGCGUAAUCGCAUUCGUCGAGGAACUCGAAUUGGGUUGAAGCGGGCCGGAGAAGAUGAAGAUCACUGUAAUGACCGCCGACGAGCAAAUCGUCACGUUAGACGUCGAUCGGGACGAAUCUGUUGAGAACUUGAAAGCUCUGCUUGAGGUUGAGACACAGGUGCCACUGCAGCAACAACAGCUGCUGUAUAAUGGGAGGGAGAUGAGGAAUUCCGACAAGUUGAGUGCUCUCGGUGUUGCUGAUGGAGAUUUGGUUAUGAUGGUUUCAGGCGCCGCAUCUUCUGGUUCCAGAGUGAUCCUGAGUUAGCACAAGUGAUUCUUGGAAAUGAUUUGAACAAGCUGCAAGAUCUGUUGCGCGUACGACAUCGCCAGAGAUCUGAGUUAAGGCGUCAACAAGAGGAGGAGUUGGCUUUACUAUAUGCAGAUCCAUUUGACGUGGAGGCACAAAAGAAAAUAGAAGCUGCUAUUCGCCAGAAAGGCAUUGAUGAGAACUGGGCCGCGGCUUUGGAAUACAACCCUGAAGCAUUUGCAAGAGUGGUAAUGUUGUAUGUUGACAUGGAAGUUAAUGGUGUCCCAUUGAAGGCCUUUGUUGACAGUGGAGCUCAGUCAACAAUUAUAUCUAAAAGUUGUGCUGAACGUUGUGGAUUGUUAAGGCUUUUGGAUACUCGGUAUAAGGGUAUCGCUCAUGGAGUUGGUCAGUCUGAGAUUUUAGGUCGGAUACAUGUUGCCCCAAUCAAGAUUGGAAGUAUAUUUUACCCUUGUUCCUUUCUGGUGCUGGAUGCACCCAACAUGGAAUUUCUCUUUGGCCUGGAUAUGCUUCGCAAACACCAAUGCAUUAUUGAUCUGAAGGAGAAUGUACUGAGAGUUGGUGGAGGAGAGGUUGCCGUACCUUUUUUGGCAGAAAAGGACAUUCCUACACAGUUUUUGGAUGAAGAGAGGCACGCCAAGGAAGCUUCUAGCUCAGGAACACAAGCUACAUCCGCAACUAAAGAGCACAUUAGUACACCAGGAGGCCCUUCUGGAAGCACUGGCAAGAGUACUUUCCAGGGACCUGAAUUUGAAGCCAAAGUCGCAAAGCUGGUUGAGCUAGGGUUUGGAAGGGAGCAAGUGAUUCAAGCUCUGAAGUUUUUUGACGGCAAUGAAGAACAAGCAGCUGGAUUUCUUUUUGGCGGAUGAAAGUGAUCUAUUUGAUGUUGUGGAUUAUUUAUUAUUUUUUUUGGCAAUUGUGUACACUAAAUGCUCUCUGCACAUUUGGUGGUUGAACUGUGGGAAAAAUCUUGCAGUUGUUGGGCUGAGCCUAUACCUGAUUUGUAGAACAUUGGGGUUUGGAGGAAUGAGUGAACUUGUCCUUAUGGUUGCCACGUUGGGCUAUUCCUUUCUAUAUUAUACAUG